AUGGCAUUGAUAGAUGUGGGGACAUGCUCCGAUAUGCAGAGCCAUAGGCGAUGGGAGAUUCUGCCUCGAUGUCGCGUUAUGCUGGGCAACAAGGCUUUUUUGCUCGUUGAUCUGCAGCCCCGCCGAGGUGCGGUCCAACCGAAAACAGGAACCAUAACGAAUACCAUUGACACCAAAAGACAUGAACAGGCAGACGCGAUAGGGACCGCCGCGAGCGUUGUCGGCCUCAUUGGCGCGCUGCUGAAGACCAUUCAAGAAAUUCAAAAAGCCCGAGAACGAGUAAAGAACGCGCCAAAAAGGCUCGACGAAAUCUCCGUGUUACUCCAAGUCACCUCGCAGACGGCUAGUCUCGUCAGAGAGGAGCCCAGGUUACAGACACCUGCGGUUAUCCAUCAGCUCGAGAUACUGAACACAAUCGCGGAGGAGCUGAAACAGCUUUUAAAAAAGCUGGACAAGAAGAGCCGGAAACACCCGCUUCGGAAACUCGCUCGUGCCGUGAGGAUACAAGAUGCGGAUGACACUGAGCUGGCCAACAUUACGAACCGUUUAUCCGAUGCCAAAGCGGAACUAGGCACUCGAAUGCUUGUCAUCCACAUAGGCCUGACGGGAAACCUAGAGGAUGGCUUCAGAGUUAUGCUCAAGGUUCUUGAGGAAAUUAACUCAAAAGUGUUCCAUGUGCUGGGUGAAAAUCUUCAUCUGAUUGACCGACUUCGAAGCAGAGGUUUUACAAUUGUUGGUAUGCGUACACCGUAUGAAUCCCAAAUUCAAGAAAGAUUACUUCCGCUAACCAUUUCCCGCACAGGGAAUGGCGCUAUCUCUCUCGGGCCAGCUGAUAUUCGAUCCUUGCAAUUGGAAGACGAGCUCCCAUCCCAACAGCACCUCUCCGGUGGCAGUCAUGUAUUGAACUUGCCGGAGUUCGGCGACUCCGGGUUUCUCUCCAACCUGUCUUCCAUCCAUCCCAAUCUAAACACAGCAUCUCAACGCCACUUUGGAUACCAGAGCUCGGCAAAAUCUUUCAACUCUAGCAGACUUGCUAGUGAUCUGCAGGAACAAAAAGGAAAGCCGUUUAUCUUCGUCGACGAUGAGACUGGGCUCGGCCAUUCCAUGUUCUCAUUGUCGGUUCUUACGCCUGUUAGGUUUGAUCGAGCGGAUAUCACGGCUUACUUCUUUUGCAAAGAUCCUCAAAACGAUCCAAUAUCACCCAUCACAACGUCAACAAUCCUCGGUGGAUUGGCCUACGUCUUGCUUCGGUAUCCCGAUGGACCGGAGCUUCUGACGCGAAUGAACUGCACCUUUGGGCACGAGCUCAAAAUAUCUAGAGCCGAAGUCUCCCGAGCCGGCUUAUUCCAUCGCAUGCUAGGUGAAAUUUUUCGACAUGCUGCUUCGCGGCAAAGACGCCCUCUUGUGAUCGUAAUCGACGGAAUAGACUUCGAAGGCAGCGAAGGGGACCGUGCAGACUCAAAUAUCUCUCGCCUGAUAUACCACAUCCAGCAGCUCCAACAUGAGAAUCCGAAAACUUGUCUGAAAUGGGUCUUGACCGGAAAAUUCUCAGAUACCUUACGGGGGCGGCUUAUGGAGUUAGCAACGGGCGCAGACACCACUGAGAUCAUCCUCAAACCUGACGAUGUGGCAGCAGCUUUUGGACUCCAAGAAGCUAUUCACAUAGUUGCGAAGACAGCAGCAGUUUGGAGGCAUUUUAUGGAAUAUGGAGUGACGGCUCAAACAAAUCUUACGAACGAUGACAUCUCGUGGUUUCGUUAUUGCAAGUUGGCACAGUCAUGGUGCGCGAAGCCAAGAGAGAGUGAACACGAUUCAAGAGUGUUGUGGCUUCGGAAAGGUCUUCACUCAUUCUCGGCCGCAAAUGGUAUCGGACUCCAAGUAGCUUCAGGCAAGCUCCUCAGCAAGGAAGAGUCACCGGUUGUGGCGUUCUUCUCCCUUGCGACAUUCGAGGCCGGCGCGAAUCCGUCACCAACAUCUGGUCGUGAGCAAAUGAAUCAAGCACAGGUUGUUUGGUGCAUUGUCGCACAGCUCCUUCGCGGGCAACUCGGGCCCGAGUCUUCGCUCGCUGAGAUUCUUGUGCGGCUUUCUCCAAUAGAAAGAGAAGCUCUCAAUUCAAUUUGCUCAGCCCUCGGGGAGCCGGAGAGUUCCUUCAAGCCCAGUGCUAACGGCGUCGAUCCUGCUUCGCCUGUGCCGGAAACGAUCACUUCCUGGUAUCGUCAAAUCAGAGGUCUCACUCAGGAUUAUUUUUCCAAGGUUGCUACUGUCAUGAGCGCUUGUCUGGAGGAUAUCAGGAAGGAUGGCAAAUGCGUCGUGCUGAUUCUCGACGGUCUCGAGCUUCAAUCCCAGAGUGCUCGUAUGAGACUGCUCACAUGGAUCGCCAAGCUUGGCCAUGGUGUCAGAGCUCUCCUUUGCGUUGAUGAUUCUCGCAAAGACAGCACUGGCGUCGAGUCAAGAUGGGCGGAGGUCAUGUCGAAUGCUCUCAUUCAGAUAGAAUGCGUUGAAAGCCUGCGGUUCGAUGGCAUGCACCAAAGGCGAGAUCAAGUCGCAGAUCCGCUGCCUGCCACCAACCAGUGGCUCUGGGAAACUGAAGAGUUCCAGGAGUGGAAAUCUUCUGGUAAAGUCUUGUUGAUAAUGGGUAAAGCGGGAAGCGGCAAAUCGGUUCUAGCGAAGAACAUCCAACGGCGUCUUCAAAGGGAUGUUCCAAACGGCGAUCUUGAUGACGAUCCGUUCGUAUGUGACUGGUUCUAUUCAGCCCGAGGGCCUGAUUUUGGCGCCAAAGAUGCUUCGAUGCUGCGCGCUCUUAUUUUCAACAUCCUAAGCUCAAGCAAGACGACUUUCGAAUCUGCGACAGCUAUCUAUCGAGCAAGAUUCGAUGCUGAACGGCAGGAUGACGACUGGUUGCUAUCGGAGCUGUCAGACCUUUUCACGACACUCGCGCUCAGCCCUUCAACGCCCCGAACACUCGCAGUGAUCGACGCAUUAGACGAGUCAGAGAGCGUGACAGGAUCAUCCAGUCUCAAAUCAGCGCACAAAAAUUUUGAUUUACUGCAGAUAUUUACCGAGAUUGCGAGUGCCUGGAACAGCCGCCUCCGCUUCGUCUUGCUGAGCAGGCCUGAAUCCGUCAUCUCCAAAAAGCUGAAUAAUUGCUUGGAGAUUAAGAUGGAGCAGUACAACCACCGAGAUAUUUCCAUCAUGAUUGGAGGCGGUAUCAAGAAACUUCGAGUGGCCUGGCACAACGCAGUCUCCUCCGACUCAGACGACAACCCGGCGAAUUUCUACGAAAACUCCAACGUCUCAACUGACUCUCAGUCUCAGAAAAUCCAGUCUUCCAAUGACAACCUCAAGAUACAGGAGGAUACGCUAGGCGAAAUACGCGCGUACUUAGAAACUCACGCAAAUGGCGUGAUGCUCUGGGUCAUCUUGGUUCUUCGAAAACUUUUGCUCUUGAUCGAAAACAAGAGAGGGUUUACAGUCCAGGGGCUGAUUGCCUCGCUUACUGCAUCACCGCCAGAGGUUGAAGAAAUUUAUAUCAAAUUUCUCGAAGACCUUAAAGUUUUUAGUACGCCCAAAGAAUUAUCAGAGACCAAAAGAAUUCUAGAAUGGAUUGUCGGGUCUCAAAGGAUCUCAUCAUUACGAUUAAAAGAGUUGCGGGAAGUAAUUGCGCUACCAGACCAGCUGGAGGUUGAGAAACGUGGAGAAUUCAGCCAUCAUUUCGUCGCUUCACGCAGGAUUGUGCUUGGAGAAAACGGCUGGCCAACAUUCUGUCGCAUCAUGCAGACGUAUUGCGGUCCAUUGAUAGAGAUUUUAGAUGAUCAGCAAAGGGUUGGACUGGACUCAAGGCAUCGGAUCAGGCGCGCGAAUCCAGAUUGGACGAUUCAGCUGUCGCAUCAGACAGUUCAUACUGUUGGUAUCCCUAUUAUAGGGUAG